AUGGACGAAAACAACCCAGCAUAUGAUAUAUCGGUAUUACCUGAUGAUGUUUUCACAUAUUGUGGUGAUAAAUUUUUUCAAUUAGUUCAUACUUUAGUUGGGAAUGAUAUUGUUGACAUAUUAAAAAUACAAUCAAUUAAUUCCACACAAUCAUUUAUUAAUACUAAAGAUGUAUUAGCUAUAUUUCAACUGGAUUGUCCAGAUUUAUUACAAAUUAAAGAACGAUUAUGCUUCAAAUUAUCAAAUGGAAACUUCAUCAUAAAAAUUGGUAUAGAAAGCAGUUUAAAAUAUCUUACUGCUAUUUUUAAAUUAAAACAAAACGGAAAUGAACCACAAGCAAGAACACAUGGCGACAGUAUCAGUGAUAAUAGAUUACACGAUUUAAUAAAUCGUAAUCCAUUACUGAAAUCAUUAUUUUCUUGGUAUAACCAGCAACAACAAGAAAAUAAUAUUAAUAAUAAAACGUUUCUAUCUUUCUUUAUCGAUAAUAUUACAAAUAAUUUAUCAAAAUCAAACAGCCAAUAUCGAUACAAUGAUGUGGUCAAACGUUUUGCUAUUUGUUUAUACAUAUUAGGCGGAAAACUGACGUAG